AUGGCAGUGCUCAUGGAUAAGAAAUUGAGCCAAACUGAUGUAAGAAGUCGUUUGGCAUUUCCAACCUCUAGUCCGAAGGCUUUCACAAUUCCCGAAGGAGAGAAUACGGUGUUUUUUGAAGCAACGGAUACGGUUCAGAACAAUUAUUCUAAAAUCGUUUGGCUUUUCCGACCUCUAGUCCGUGGGCCUUCACAUUUUCCCCGGGAGAAAAGGAUGUGGAAUUUGAAGCAACGAGAUACGAUUCGUAACGAGUGGAAAUUCAAGCUUUCGAUUCGUGGGGAAAAUAAUCGCUAUAGGAAACCCGUGAUCACCGGAGAUUGGCUUCGAUUUGUGCGUGAAAAAGGCCUUAAAGUUGGUGAUAAAAUCUUGCUGAUGAGGGAAGAAGGGGUGAAUGGAUUGAGAUACGAGUGUGAGAGCGAGAAAGAAAGAUAUUCAAGGUUUGGGCUAAUGUGCGGUAAUAUUGACUCGCAGUAG